CCUAUUAACCUUCCUCGACCGGUCCGCACUCAUAUAAAAGGUGUCGGCACGACCGCCCCUCCUGCACACUACCACCAUGCCCUCCGUGGAAGUAGAUAUGCAGGGCGUGAGUCCCUGGGUCGCAUAUACAUCAAUCGCUCUCGCGGUCGUGUCCAUCUUUGCCAUGGUCCUAUAUCUAUUGUCCCCGCCCAACCUGCUCAAGAUCUGCGGCCACGGACAGACAAUGACACACGCUCGUCUCUCCAACGUCCCCGAGGAAUGCUCGAUACCCUCCAAUCGUCCGUCCACCCUCGACGUGCCCACCCUUGUCGAACUUCACGAGAGCCUAGCGAAACUUGACGAGAGGAAGCACGAGCUGGAGGGCGCCGUAUGGGGACAGCGUCGGAACCCUAUCGCGCGGAUGCUGCCCACCAUACCUUUCAGUGUCGCAGCUAUACGAUUGUGGUGGGGCUACUACUCUCUCGAGAAGGACGUCAGGGUGUUCUCCCAUCACCACCGGCUGCCCAUCGACGACCAACAUGCAGAGGCUACGGCAUCUACCAGCGCCGCUCCUGUCGCGGUCCCCAACGCCAUCGCUGCUACUUUUGGCAUUGGGGACGGUUAGCACAUUGCGAAGAACAUGUACCACCUCGUUGGGCUCUCGGAAAAUACUGCUAUAUAGGUUCUUGAUUUCUCUGUCCUUUUGCCACAUAUUUUCUCGUUGUCCUACUAUGUACUUCGCGAUCUUUGUAGAUUGCUUUGCUGUGUCCAUGACCGUAUUGAAACAAACGAGUG